AUGAGUUAUUGGGAACCUAUUCCAGUUGACGGAGACUCCUCAAAUCUCGAUGACAAGCGCACUCUACCCAGGCGCCAUGUCAUCUCAGGCCUUGGGCGUCUUAAGAAGGAUCUUAAGGGCCCCAUACGAAAAAUGAAACAUGGCUGGAAGGGGCCGGGUGUGGCCCUGGUGGGAAUGUUUAGCCUCUCAGCUUGGCAGGCUCAACAUAUAUGUGCUUAA